AACAUAGUUUUCACAAGUGUACAAAGACUAAUUAAACUGAACAAGAAAAAAUAAAUAAUAUUAGAAACACAUCAGAAAAUGGAAUUAAAAUCACAAUAUUAGUCAGCAAUGACUACGAGAGGAUGAGAGAGACGUUUCCUUGAAGGUUAAGAAAAGGAAGAAGAUUGUGAUUUAAUCUUUCUUCCGUUUUUUUUUAUUCACAUAAACCAACCAGACAGAAAAAAAAAGAGCAAGACAAAGAUGUUCAAACCUAUGAGUUUCGACAAGGAAGUUGAACUUUUUGGAGAUUCGAAGCUGAUCAACGAAGGCUCUUCGAUUCAGCUGACAAACUCUGUGAGUGGAAGCGAGGGAAGAGUGGUUUACAAGGAACCCAUCAAUCUUAGCAACUCGUUAUCUUUCUCGAGUUACUUCUCGUUUUCCAUGCCUAAUGAGACCGAUGACGUCAUGGCUUUUGUAAUGGUUCCAACUAGUUUGGAUCUUGGUCUCUUCGGUAAUAAAAACAACAACAGUUCCUCUGCCUUAGGGUUUCUUUUUGAGCACGCAAAGAACGAGACAGUUGUGGCUUUUGAGUUUGAUAUAUCCAAUAGAGGAAACCGUGCGAGAAUCUUGUUAGGUAAGCCUGAAUCUUCUGAAGUUAGAAACCUUUCGUUUGAGGGUGACUUGUUGAUGAUGGAGAAUGGAGGGUCGACGUUGAGCUGUAUGAUUGAUUAUGAGUCGAGUUUGAAGAGAAUGAUGGUUCGGUUCAGAAAAUUGGGUACGAGGAAGAUGUUGGAUCCGUUCUUUGAUUUCUCUGUAGACUUGGAGGAGCUAUGGAAUGGUGGUGAGUUCAUGGUGGGUUUAAGCUCUACAAACGGGAACUCUUCCGAGGAACAUGUUCUCCAUUCAUGGAGCUUUGACAUAAGGCAUCCAACGCCGGUGUGUGUGCCUCCUCCAAUGUGGAUGCAUCCUCAACCGAGUGACACUUCUAAGAGGUAAAUGGUGGUGUUUCCUGAGUAAUAUGCUAUGACUAUUGUGGUGGUUGUUGUUGAAGAGGGAAAAUAACUACUAUGGAGUUUGGUCUGGUUUAAGAAGGUUGUCUUGUGUUUGUGGUGUGAACCUUCUUGUGUUUGUGGUGUGAAUGUAGAGUCUUCUUCUGCUUUUUCUUGUGUUGUCUUUUUAUUAAGUGUUACUUAUGUUUCUGGUUUCAUAUGUAAAAUAGCUAUGGGAAGAAGCCGUAAGCUUAUUGAUACUGUGAAGUUAACUUUGUUGUUGAUGUUUUUCUUGAUCCCAUUUGGAUUAUGUUUUAUGCAUUUAACACCCUUUUGGAACCAACGAAAGUGGCCCAAGUUAUUAUGUGAGUUCACAUAUAAACCUCAACAUAGUUACAUAGGACACAAAUAAGAGUGUGCAAAGGAGGAAAGUAGAAACUAUUGAUGCAUAUUAAGUGUUCUUAGAAGUCAGCUAGCUCGCUAACCUUUAUAACCAAUCCUCCCUAAUCAGUAGAUUACAAAUGCUUUAAGCCUUUAACAACGGUGUUUGCAACAUGUAAUGUUAAUAACUACACUAACCAGUGUUGGUAACUCAAAGCAAUAACCCGGAGGAGAUGCCUAAGUAUGUAUAACGCAGAGACCUGAGAGACUCUUUAUGCUGCUCUUUUAUUCUCACUUCCUCUAGCUCAGUUUCAUCUUGUGUUGAUGACUUCUUGAUGCCACAAACUGAAAUCAAACUUCUUGUUCACAUAAAACCAUGGAAUAAGUACCUAGAGGAGCAGUUCAGCCAAUGAAUUGUCCAUUUGAAUCCCAAGGCCGAGUUUCAAAAGACUUGCCAAUGAUGCUUCGUUUAUCACUCACAGUUCCACCUUCUGUCUCGUACUCUGGAAAGUAAUCAAUGAAUGUUUUUGUGCCCAACUCAUCCACUCCAUUGAACA